ACUCAGGAGGUUUGGACCAUUGUAACCUGCGCUCUGCCUCAUGUUAUAAUGAAUACACUGGACGACAUCCCAUUUCAGACUGUACUGGGCCCACUGCAUGAGGGAGUACCACAAGUCACAUCUCCAGAAAUCUCCAUCCCUGACUGUGUUCAGAUUCUACAAGAAACUCAGUAUGAAUUCAGGGUAGAGAAGUGGGUAUUGAGUGGGCAUGAGCUCCCUGGAGUGCCCCCCUCCUGUCCUCCGUACUGGCUGCUGUUCAGUGGCCCUCAGAACAGCCACAGGCUGAGUCUGUGGGCCCUCAGCCCUCGGCCUCGCAGCUACAGCUUGAACUCUGCAGACUCCUGGCCUCAGUGCCACAACAUCAAGUUCCUCCUGUGUGACUCCAAUGAGCACAGUUACAACAGUGAGGUCCACUAUGAGGAGUCCCCAUGUCAGAUGAUGGAGCGGCCCCGAAGUGCAGCACCUCGAGUCAAAGAGCUCUGUGGGGAGGUUAACAGACCCCGGUCUCCACAGGGGCUCAAGGCCCAUAGAAACAGCCUGCCCUCUUUCCACCAGUGCAGACCAUCUUCAGCAGAACAUAGGCCACAACAGGUCAGUCCACUGCCUCAAAAGUACUCCAAGAAGCGACGCAGGUCACUGGGUACUGGGAAGUACCCACAAAAUACAGUCCCAACUGGUGAGAGAAGACCUCAGCAACAACGCCCUUCCUCUGCAGGCUCUGUGGUCAAACACGAUAGACAGAAGGAUCUGAACUCUGAUGCUUACAGUGGGGCCUUUCUGGACACUGCAGCAGAGCUUCUGUCAGCACUCAGCCUGGAGGAGCGAGAGCUUCUCCAAACCAUCACUCAGAGAGGCUACACUUUACGGAGAGCUGUCAUGGCGCUCCACAGGACAGGUUUCAGAAGCUCAGAAAAGAUCCUAAAGUACUUGGGUGCCAGUGAGCGGCUGUGUCAGCUUGGUUAUGAUGAGGGACAAGUGGAAGAAGCUUUGGAGAUGUUUCAGAACUGUGAGAAUAAGGCUACUGAAUUCCUGCAACUGCUGACGCAGUUUAAAGAAAUGGGAUUUCAACAGAGUGCCAUCAAAGAAGUACUGCUGGUUCAUGAAAACCAUCGCGAGAAGGCUCUGGAAGAUCUCAUGACACAUAUAGGCUAAAUUAAAAUGACCACUA